AUGCACUCUGCCAGCCCCUUUCUAAAAGAAAUGACUUCUGUGGAGGAGGGCAUCUACAGACUUAAAAUUAAUUCCAAACGUAGCUCCUAUAAUUUCAUGAACCCUCAAUUUACAGCUGGAAGUGAGGGUCAAAAUGAAACUGAGGAACCAAACAAGUUCCAGUACAGGAAGGGUAGACCUCAAGAUAGUGGCUCUUCAUUGUCUCUGAGGGUUCUCCAGGAGAUCCUGGGAGAUGACAUUCCAAAAGGAAAGGAAGAGGCUGUCAUUAGUUCACAAUCAAACCUAGGAGAGUGUCCCUACUGUGGAGAAAGACCAGCCAGGAAUGCCACCAUCUUUGCUCCUCAAAAAGAGAAAGAGUCAGCCCCAGAGAUGAGCAGCUCCUGUGACAAGAGGGUGACUGUUAAUCCUCCUAAGAAAUUCAGUGAGGGGCGACCUAAAAAACAAAAUAGAGUCAUUUGUGAAAAAUGCUCUCCACCUUUAAAUCUUCCGGAUAACUAUAACUCCCAUUCAGUAAUCCAAAAGCGCAAAGAAAAGAUGGCAAUUGAGCGCCCCUCUUCAGCGAGUGACUGGUCUGAUGUAGGUGGAACCACAGUCAUAUUCUCUGAAGAGAAGCCAUUCUCACUGUGUCUUCCUGUAGUGUCAGAGCCUCCAUACUACGCCACUGACUAUACCACUUUUCCACCUCAUUAUAGUCCUUGGCAUGACUACACCAGCUCUUGGUUCAGCAGUACCAAGUCUUCUUGCUAUCCCUCUUUGGGCAACAGCAGUAACACAUUGCAGGCUGGGAAGAGCAGCUGUAGCAGCAGCAGCAGAAGCAACAACAACAUAUUCCAGGGUGAGAGGAGCAGCCACCAGAGCUUCCUGAGUGAUUAUUCCACCAAUUUUCCAGUGAGCUCCGAAAACAUGUCCAGAGAUCUGAAGAUGACAGAGGAAGGCAGAUCCAAGAAUUCUUCCUUAUUUUACUACUCCAGAAAUGUGGAAGCAGAGGCGAAGGAGGAGAGAGUAUAUCAAGAGGAGAUAUUACAACGUCCUUAUGGAGGACGUGCAUCUAGCUUUCCGCCAAGGACCCUCCGGCAGCCAAAGCAACAGGGUUUCAUUGAUACCCACUGUCAUUUGGACUUGCUAUAUUCCAGGCUGCCUUUCAAAGGCACCUUUACCAAAUUCAGAAAAAUUUAUAGCAACACUUUCCCCAAGGAAUUUCAGGGCUGCAUUUCUUGCUUCUGCAAUCCUCAAAACCUAAGUGAUAACCUGUGGGAGGAUCAGUUGAAAGAUGAUCUGGUUUGGGGGGCCUUUGGCUGUCGCCCUCAUUUUGCCCAUUAUUAUAACAAUUAUCAUGAAAGAAAUAUUUUAAAAGCCUUACGACACCCCAAGGCUGUGGCGUUUGGAGAAAUGGGCUUGGAUUACUCCAGUAAGUGCAUCACGCAUGUCCCAGAGCAGCAGAAAGUAUUUAAGAGACAGCUGCGGCUGGCCGUCUCUCUAAAGAAGCCCAUGAUGAUCCACUGCCGAGAAGCCGAUGAAGACCUACUGCACAUCUUGAAAAACUAUGUACCCUCUGACCACAAGAUACACCGGCAUUGCUUCACUGGCAGUUACCCAGUCAUCGAGCCCCUGUUGAACCACUUUCCCAACCUGUAUGUGGGCUUCACGGCAAUUCUGACUUACUCUUCUGCUGGGCAAGCCCGAGAAACUGUGAGAAAGAUCCCGUUAGAGAGAAUUAUUGUAGAAACCGACGCUCCCUUCUUCCUCCCUCGCUGGGUUUCCAAAAGCCAUUGCCAGUAUGCCCACCCCGGCCUGGCCCUGCAUACUGUGUGCGAGAUUGCCAGAAUCAAAGGUAUGUCACUCUCCCACACCUUGACGGUCUUGCGGGAGAACACCCGUCGCCUCUACCAUCUUUAAACAGAAAAGGCACAGUCAGGAGUCUUCCCAAGAAAGGAGACCAGUAGCCUAACAAAACAUACAGACUAGAUUUGAACUCUGCGUAUGUCCCGGGUCAAGGAUGUGUUUGAAGAAUUCGUUGGAAUGGAGUAAA